AUGUCAUAUGAAAAAUCCGGAUCAGCCCACAAAGUCUGUUCGAUUAUUCUACGACUGGGGCAAAUUUCCUGCGCUGCCAUUGUCCUCGGCAUCCUUGCGCGAUUCAGCAAUAUUCUCACUAUCCAGCAGGUGCAUGAGGAUGGCCGCCUCGUCUACGCAAUGGUGGUUGCUGGCAUCUCCAUCAUCUAUUCAUUUCUCCUAUGCCCACCUUUCAGAAACUUGUUUAUGAGCUUCCCAUGUGACUUUGUGCUGUUCGUUAUGUGGCUCGUGGCGUAUUGCCUGCUUCAGACCAAAUCGACCACUCACUCAUGCUCCUCUACGUGGUAUCGUACCUACUGGGGCUACUACUGGGGCGGUUACUGGCGUGUUGGCCGUCCUGGAGCCGUCAACGUCGGCAGAGCGGGAUGUUCACACUGGAGGACAGUCUUGGCAUUCUCUUUCAUUGCUUGGUUUGCCUACCUGCUCAGUGGGAUUUUGGGAAUCUACGUCUUCCACAAGUACAUCCAUGUCAAAGAGACAGCCACCGAGUUCAAACACCAGGCCAAGAAACAUUUGGGCCGCGAUUCCCAGGAAAACGACUAUGGAAGACCGGUCAACGAGCCGAAUGUGGCUGCAGUCCCACCGCCUGUCACGCAGGUGUCUCAGGUCUAG